AUGGCGCCUCCUCCAAAUGAGGUACUAUCUGAGAAGAUGGUAGAGCUGCAAGAGACAGUAAACGCCUUACGCCUCCGUAAUUAUGAGCUUGAGCAGAAAAACAUACAGUUGAUUGGGGAAAACAAGUUGCUUCGCAACCAAGUACGCAACUUCCCAAAAUUCAAACUUCUGCCGAUAGAAUUGCGCUGGUAAGUUCUCCAUUCUUCAUGAUGUUCUUCGCUAAUCUUGAUGCCAUAGGAUGAUAUGGAGAUUGGCCUGCCUAGCACCAAAAACGCAUAUUAUCGAUAAUGGUCCGACCGAAUUCCCUCAUGCUGCUUUGGCUCUUGUGUCACAACUUAUGUACACUGAUCGAUCAAAUUUCAAAAUCAUAAACAGCACAUGCAAAGAUGCCAGAGCUGCCCUUUCCACCCUUUCCCUAAGCUACUUUGCGGUCCCUAAGGUGUACGACGGUAGUCCUAUGCAGUUGGCGAACUACUUCUCACCGACUGUUGAUACCUUUUGGAUCUUGAAUGAUUGGGAAGAUAGGCAUGUACGUUCCCAGAAGAAAUCUGCCCUCUUCGUCAAAUAUCCUUGGUUCUGCGGUAGAUGUCACAGAAAAUUCCCAUCAGUAGGGGAAGUCAGAACUUGUGGAGCUGGUUGUUUGGGAAGAGCAGAUGUAGUUGGAGGUUCUAUACAAUUGCGUAGGAUUGCGAUCACACUGAAAGACUGGAGACCACAUGUUUUUCUUUGGGAGCAGAGCUGGGAAUGUACACACGUCUAUGCUUGGUCUGAGACUGUUGACGUAUUAGGCACACUUGGUACUGCAAUCUUCCAUGGUGUGCAAGAGAUUCUUUUGGUGGUUGAGCAGUUUGGUGACUUUCGUCAUGAGAAAGACAUUAUUUUCACGACCCCUUCUUGCGAACAAUCUAGGAAGACACUCUUAAGACAGGUACGAGCUGGGAGGGAUGGAAACACUCUUUUUGGGUCUGAUGUGCAGAAUGUAUCGACGUGGGCAGAAUCAGAAAGAUUUCUCAAUGAAAGCAUGGAGGAACUCAGAACCAGACACUCAGAGUUCAGAACAGCUGUUUUGUCGCGUAAGUGGCUUCAAAUAUAACAAGUUCCUAUAGUCGCUAACUCCCUUUGUAGUUGGACUCGCCACUCCCCAGGAAAUUACAGCAGGCCAGCGACCAGGCUUGAUCAAUCUUUCUACAUAUAUAUUUCCGAGAUUCAGAUUCGUCGAAGCGAGAAAGGGGAAGGACGUGUGUUCUCUGCCUCCAGGUGUGGAGAUUGUUUAG